GCCUCCUGGCAUGAUGGGAAGAGUAGUUUGUUCUGCUUCAGCUCGCCGCUAACCCCAGCGAGCUGGGCCCGCGUGGCGUCUCAGGGCGUUGUCUGUGCUUUUCCUAAGCCGGCUUGCCCUUUUUCUCUACAACGCCACUGACUCGAAACACGAGGGCAUUCCUGAGCCUUUUCGGAAGCCGGGUGGAAAGAGGAGAGGGUGGAUCCGGAGAGUGACCCGGAAGCAGAAGUGUCCCUAGCCGUGGAGUGCUGGGAAGUGGCAGCGGUGACCACAGCAGGAGAAGCAGCACUACAGCCGCCUGCAGCCCCAACCUGGGAGGAAGAUGCUAAUUAAAGUGAAGACGCUGACUGGAAAGGAGAUUGAGAUCGACAUUGAACCCACAGACAAGGUGGAGCGAAUCAAGGAGCGUGUGGAAGAGAAAGAGGGCAUCCCCCCACAACAGCAGAGGCUCAUCUACAGUGGCAAACAAAUGAAUGAUGAGAAGACAGCAGCGGAUUACAAGAUCCUAGGUGGUUCAGUCCUCCACCUGGUGUUGGCUCUUAGAGGAGGAGGUGGUCUUGGGCAGUGAUGAACCUCGGUUCCAUUUUACCUCCUUGCCCUGUCGCUCAUAAUGAAGCAUCACAUAUCCUCUCACGCUCUGGGACACCAGAACUUCUGCCCCCUCCCUUGGAUGCCCAGUCUUGUGUGUCUACUGGUGGGAGAAUGUGAGGACACCAGGGUGCAGUGCUCCUGGCCCAAAUGACCAUUACUGGCUGUUGGGUUUUAGUUUGCAGUCCUGUGUGCUUCCCUCUCUUAUGGCUAUAACCUUGGUUGUCAAUAAAAUAUUUCCUGGCCUCCUGGA